CACUCAUACUCUCGCAGCCCACUUAUAUAAUCUUUCUACUUACUCCUUCUUCACUUGCACACUCUCUCUCUCUCUAGUCACGUUUCAUUUCCAAGGGCAAUCUUAUAUAUUUAUUCCUUUUUCCAUUUUAAAGUAUUACUGACAGGUUAUUACAGGCUGUCCGAUAAUGUCUUGUGAAGAAACCACUGACGAUAUGUAUGUGGGUGACUGUGGGGAAGAUACAGCGAACCAGUCUGAGGCGUAUUCCGGUGAGAUGCCUCAAGAUGAUGCAGAGACAGCAGGAAAUGAAGAACAAAACGACAUUGCCCAGUCCAAUGAAGAGACGCCGAUGGAAGAAAGUACUGAAGCCGAUAAAGCAGAUGGCGAUAAAGCUAAAACUGAAGAGGAGGAUGAAAACACUUUGAAUUUGAGAAGACCAUAUCCUAAUAUGUUCACCAUAUCCCGGUUGCAGUUAGAAGAUAUAAAAAUUGCAGUGUCUGAGCUAUCACAAUUUUGGGAUGAUACGACAUGUUUGACUAUCCGUUACAUAAAAGAAGAAUCUGGAAAUCGGAAAGGAUUUAUGCGAAUGAAAUUCGCUUCUGAAGCUGAAGCGGAAGCUGUGUUUAAUAAACUGCCCAAAGAGAUAAAUGGUAAACCAUUUGUACGGGAUCCAGCUGAAGAAGGGAACAAGGAAGAUUAUUCCCUUUAUGUCAACAACAUUCCACAAGGAGUCACAGUCGAGGAGCUUCAGGCAUUAUUCCCGUCAGCCCGGAAUGUGGUGAUCCCACUUAAUGAGGAAGAUCAGAAUCAGGGUUAUGCCAUGGUGGAGUGUCGCAGUCGACAAGAUGCUGAAAAUAUCAUUGCUGAGAAUAAGGAUCUGCAAAUUAAAGACAAUACAUUAACUUUUGAUCUAAUUUCUCAUGCAUCGAAAGAAGGUGAUAAGAAAUCUAAAUACCAGAACAAUCAACAGAAAGGUCGUUAUGCCAAUUUUUCACACCGGCGUAAGAAUCAGUCUAAAAAAGGCAAGAGACUGCAGCAGGUGCAACAAAGGCAACAGAGAUGGUCUCCUGAGCGCCGACCAGGUAGAAGAGGACCUGGACAAUUUAUACAAGGUGGACGUAUGGAUCGAGGUAACCGAAGACAUUUGAUCGAUGGUGGUAACAACAACUGGACCCAAGGAAGCCAAAAUGUAACUGCAGCACUUUCUCAGACCAGUGAAUUAUUGAAGGGUCUGACUAGCCUUUUAGGUCAACAAUUACUGAAUCCAAACCAAAUGGGUGGUCAGUAUGGUAACCAGUCAUGGGGUCAUGGACUUGAUCAGAGCAAUAGCUAUGGCUAUCAGUCUGGUAACAGAGGCUAUGGAAAUGACAGCAUGAACUAUGAUAACAAACGGAGGAGACAGAACAGAACCAGCUGGUAAAAAUACACUUGGCAGCAGUGAUUAUGGUGGUUGGGGUGGAUCUUACAGGGGAGGCUACAAUUAAUGUUACUCCUAUUUUAGAUGAAUGAAGCACACGGCCAUCUAUACAUUUCAUCCAUUGAUCAUUGUCCUUCAGCAGCUGUUUGUAUACAGCAAGCUUCUCACACUAUUUUUUUGACUAGUGACUUUCAUUGAAAGUUUCUGAUAAAACUUAUUCGAUAUUUUACUGUAAGUAAACCUUUAGUGGCUACUUGCCCAUCCCUCCCUUAUAACUGUCUUCAAAUAAAUCAACAUACAAUAUUC